AAGAUGCCUUCUGCAUCCUGUGAGAAACUCCUGGACGACAUAGAAGAUAUCGUGACGCAGGAAGAUUCAAAGCCACAAGACAGACAUUACGCAAGAAAGCAAGUUGUCCCUAGGGUGCGAAAGCGAAAGCGCAACCCAGGAAAGUUGGAGGAAGAGCAAGACAGUCCCCCAAGUGACAGCACAAUUCCCGGGAUCCAGAAAAUUUGGAUACGGACGUGGGGCUGUUCUCAUAAUAACUCCGAUGGAGAAUAUAUGGCCGGACAGCUGGCUACUUACGGAUAUAAAAUCACAGAGAACGCAUCUGAUGCAGACUUAUGGCUUCUCAAUAGCUGUACUGUAAAAAACCCUGCCGAAGAUCACUUUAGGAAUUCAAUUAAAAAAGCUCAAGAGGAGAACAAGAAAAUUGUGCUAGCUGGCUGUGUUCCUCAAGCCCAGCCUCGUCAGGAUUACCUUAAAGGGCUGAGCAUCAUUGGGGUCCAACAGAUAGAUCGUGUGGUAGAAGUUGUAGAAGAAACGAUUAAAGGUUACUCGGUGAGACUGCUGGGUCAGAAGAAGGAUAAUGGAAGACGCUUGGGGGGAGCCCGACUGGAUUUGCCCAAGAUCAGGAAGAAUCCGCUGAUAGAAAUCAUUUCCAUCAAUACCGGGUGUCUCAACGCUUGUACGUACUGCAAAACGAAGCAUGCCCGAGGAAAUCUGGCCAGUUACCCGGUCGAUGAGCUGGUAGAUCGAGUCAGGCAGUCUUUUCAAGAGGGAGUUUGUGAGAUCUGGUUGACCAGUGAAGACACGGGGGCCUAUGGCAGAGAUAUCGGCACCAGCCUCCCUGCCCUGCUAUGGAAGCUGGUCGAAGUGAUUCCCAAGGGAGCGAUGCUCAGGCUUGGCAUGACAAACCCACCUUAUAUUUUAGAGCAUCUGGAGGAAAUGGCGAAAAUCCUUAAUCACCCCCGAGUCUAUUCUUUUCUGCACAUCCCUGUGCAGUCGGCCUCUGAUUCUGUGCUCAUGGACAUGAAAAGAGAAUACUGCGUAGCUGACUUCAAACGAGUCGUGGAUUUUCUGAAAGAGAAAGUUCCUGGAAUAACGAUUGCUACAGAUAUUAUCUGUGGUUUUCCUGGAGAAACAGAUGAGGAUUUUCAAGAAACAGUGAAACUCGUUGAAGACUACAAAUUUCCAAGCCUCUUUAUUAACCAAUUUUACCCCAGACCAGGAACUCCCGCUGCAAAGAUGGGACAAGUUCCAGCGCAAGUGAAAAAGCAAAGAACAAAAGAUCUCUCUCAGGUGUUUCAUUCUUACAACCCAUAUGAUCAUAAGAUUGGUGAAAGACAGCAAGUAUUAGUAACAGAAGAAUCUUCUGAUUCCAAGUUUUACGUUGCCCAUAAUCGGUUCUACGAACAGGUUUUGGUCCCAAAGAACCCGUCGUUCAUGGGGAAAAUGGUGGAAGUGGACAUUUAUGAAUCAGGAAAACAUUAUAUGAAAGGGCAACCAGUAACAGAUGCCAAAGUCUACACACCAUCCAUCAGUAAACCAUUAGCAAGAGGCGAAAUCUCUGGCUUAACUGAGGAGCUCAGACACAGGCUUGGGAAUCAUUCCAGUUCCCGGGAGACCACAACUGUGACAGCACCCACCAGAGUGGCCCCUUGCUUGCCCAAACUUCAUCCAGACCAUGCGCAGACACAGCGGGCCUGGCUCUGCUGGCUCUGCUGGCUCUGCUGGCUCUGCUGGCUCUGCUGGCUCUGCUUGUUCUGUAUCAGAGCCUAUAAUUAA